AUGGCAUCAAAGAAAAUAUGUGGGGCUCCAAUUGCGAACCCGUAUGCCAAAAAGAGACGUGUCGAAUUAGAGCCCAAGCCUCCGUCGGCUGCAAACAAUGCUCCAUUUUCUGGAGGGUCAACAUUCUCCCAAGCCUUUCAGACAGUUGACGAGACGAAACAAUAUAAAAAGCACGCAAAAAAUGCUGGAAUUGCAAGUGAUCCAAAUGUGAAGCGAAUGAAAGCAGAACAAAGACUACUAGACAUGAACGAGAACCAGAGACACAUGCAACAGCAGAAACAACAACAGCUGAAUAACAUAAGUGACAAAGAUCACCAUCAGUUACUGCAGCCCCAUAUGCUGUACGUGAGUACAAAGCAACGAGGAAAUGGUGUCCUUAAACACAUUCGAAACGUCCCCUUCGCCUUCUCAAAGAUGGUUCCAGAUUACAUCAUGAGUCCAACUAGUUGCGCCCUCUUUCUUUCCAUCAAGUAUCACCAGCUUUACUCCAACUAUAUUCACCGCCGAUUGGGAGAACUGAAGUCUGAUUUUAAAGUUCGAAUACUCUUGGUACUAGUAGACGUGGAGGACAAUGCCAAAAUUCUCUUGCAACUAAAUGCGAUCUCGGUCCGAAACAGCAUGACUAUGAUCUUGGCAUGGACAGAAAAGGAAGCGGCUCGCUACUUGGAAUCCUACAAAGCCCUCAAUGGAAAGGAUGCAAGUAUCAUUCAGCGGAAAGAGGCUAACAACUAUGUGGAUCAAGUAGCCGAGUUCAUUACCGCGACGAAACCAGCUAACAAAACUGAUUCAGCAAAUCUUUUGUGUCAUUUUUCUAAUGUUCAAGCCAUUAUCGCCGCAUCGAAGGACGAGUUGUCACUCUGUCCUGGCUUAGGCCACGUGAAGGUUCAAAAGCUGCACGACGCAUUCCAUCACCCAUUCUCAACACAUGCAGCUGCGAAGCUGAAGAAACGAAAAUUGGAAGAAGAGAAGGAAACGGAGGAUAAGCACGCCAAUAGCUAG